UGACGCGCGUCGCCGUCGUGGCCGUUCCCGUCCUCAUCGCGUCGCUGCUGUCCCCACCUCGUCCGCAACCUUGGUCCUUGCUUUUUGAGGUAGGAUCCAGGGAUCCAUAAGCGAAGUCUUCCCGAGCUACGGAGGAUGUGAUUGGAAGCAACUACGGUUUCAUUCAGAAAUGGCUACACCAGGGAGCAGUACUGGGGCUGGCGGCAGCAGCACCAGACCGGCGAAUCGCGCAGUUUUCGUCAAUUCUGCUGCGGCGGCGGUCGGUUCGGCCGACGCCAGAUUCCACUCCCAACAACCACACCAGGAUAGGCAGAGUAGAUGGGCUGGCUGUUUUUCUGGCUUGUCAUGUUUUGGGUCGCAGAAGGGUGGAAAGCGUAUAGUUCCUGCAGCACGUAUGCCUGAUGGGAACGCGUCAACUAACCGCGGAAAUGCUCUUCAAUCUGGUAGAAAUUCUAACCAAAAUGGGGCUAUGAAUUUAUCUCUUCUUGCGCCACCAUCAUCGCCUGCAUCCUUCUCGAACUCUGCUCUUCCUUCGACUGCUCAGUCACCUAACCGCUUCCUUUCAAUAUCUGCAAACUCUCCUGGUGGCCCAACGUCUAAUAUGUUCGCUGUUGGACCAUAUGCCAAUGAACCUCAACUUGUCUCACCUCCAACAGCUUUUUCAACUUUCACAACUGAGCCCUCUACAGCACCACUGACCCCUCCUCCUGAACUAGCUCAUGCAACCACUCCGUCCUCUCCAGAUGUUCCAUAUGCUCGGUUUCUUUCAUCAUAUAUGGGUCCUAAAACUGCUGGCAAGGAGCACAACAUGCAUUACUUGUCAACAGCAUACUCUGGUGGCUUAGGACUGCAGGGAUCUUAUCCACUUUACCCAGGGAGCCCUUCUAGCAGCCUCAUAUCACCUGCCUCAGUAACUCCAAGGACCGGUCUAUCCUCACCAAUCCCUGAACAAGAUGUUCCUGCUGCACACUGGAAGACAUCUAGGUCCGUCUGUGACACACCAUAUUCCAUUGCAUCGCCCAUUCCUGAGCAAGAGGUCCCUACCGCACAGUGGAAGACUUCCAGAUCUGCUUGUGACACACCGUAUUCCAGGACAUCACCAUCAAAUAUCUUUGGACUUGAUUCAGCUGCCCCUAGAAACUGUCUGCUGGAUAGCAAUUUUUUCCGUCCAGCGGCAUCUGCUCAGUUCUACCUGGAUCAGGCUCAACAGUCAUUUCCGUAUAAUGGUGGAAGGCUUAGUGUCUCAAGGGAUAAGCAAGAUGCUGAUGAGGUUGAAGCAUACAGAGCAUCAUUUGGAUUCAGUGCGGAUGAGAUUGUUACAACUCAACAUUAUGUAGAAAUACCAGACGCGCUGGAUGAUGGGUUCAGCAUAUCCCCAUUUGGAAACAAUGCCCCUGCUACUGAGGUGUCCCCAUUUAUUGAUCUGCCUAAUGAGGUUCAGAAAGUUGAUAAAAUGGAUAAAUCACUCUUCAAUGUCAACGAGACCACAAGCCCAAAGAAGUCGCCAGACCAGCUUUCUGGUGGCAGUCCACAAAAAGUACUGCACGUGGAUAUAUUCAAAGGUACACCCAGAUUUCUAUUUGCACAAUACCCUACUGAUAUCCUUAAUCAACUUACCUCAGGAUCGAAAGCGGGGCAUCUAUCCGAGGAUGACACAACCGUGAAAGAUUGCCAUCCUUUCAGGAAGGCGGGAGAUGAAAUAUCUCUAAAACCCAUUGAGGUUAGGAAGAAAUCUCCGCCUAGCCAGGCAUGCUCAGACGCAGAAAUUGAGUACAGAAGGGCGAGGAGUUUGAGAGAAGCCAACAGUGUUCUGUCAUGGCGAAGCUCACUGUCAAGACAGCUGCAGUAAUGGUGCUCUAGGGUGCAGGAUAAGUUUCAUAGUUCCCUUAGCCUAGUGUGCCUCGAUUCGAGCCGAGCUGUUAGAAGAAAGCCGUAACCGGAGAGUAGCCUGUACUACGAGAUUAAAAAAGAGUAGCAUCUACUACUCCUGCUAUAUAUAUGGGGAUUCGAUUUAUACAGCCAAAUUGCUCUGGGUAUGUUAUGAACAGCUUGUAUUCUGCUCCCUGUUUAAGAUUACCAUGUUCCUCUUUUGUAGACACUCUCUAAUGGUUAGCUGGAGCAAUGAAAUGAAAGGGUGUGCAAGAUUACUUUGAA